UCCAAGUAUAGAGAUAAUUUAUAUAUCGAUCCCAAAGGAUAUUCAAACCUUUUGAGUGUGAAAGGUUCGAUGGAUAAUAAGCUGCUGACAAUUUUUUGUGUAUUUGUAUAUUGGAUUAAUAAUAUCGAUUUGUUGGAGGCCAAAAUUAGGCACUACAGAUGGGAAGUGAAGUACGAGUUCAAGUCACCGGAUUGCUACCGGAAACUUGCUAUUACCAUCAACGGGAGGACGCCGGGACCGAGCAUUGUUGCGCAGCAGGGGGACACCAUCGUCGUCGAGCUUAAGAACAGCUUGUUGACUGAAAAUGUCGCGAUUCAUUGGCAUGGGAUACGCCAGAGAGGAACACCUUGGUUUGAUGGGGCAGAAGGAGUGACUCAGUGUCCAAUUCUCCCUGGUGAAAUAUUUGUCUACAAAUUUGUUGUGGAUAGACCAGGAACAUAUAUGUAUCACGCACACUACGGAAUGCAAAGAGUCGCCGGUCUCUACGGCUCAAUCCAUGUUUCACUUCCCGACAGCGAGUCGGAGCCCUUCCGGUAUGACUACGAUACAAGUAUAAUCCUCAUCGAUUGGUACCACAAGAGCGCGCAAGAACAAGCCGUCGGCCUGUCUUCCCGUGACUUUGUUUGGGUCGGGGAGCCGGAGUCGAUUUUGAUACAAGGCAAGGGAAGAUUCGAAUGUAACGCAUCGGGCAUUGGAGUCGGAUUGUGCAAUGCUACUAACAUCGAGUGCUCGCCGUAUGUGCUAACGGUUUUCCCGGGAAAAACCUACCGGCUACGGAUUGGAAGCCUAACCGGUCUAUCAGCUUUGAGCUUCGAGAUCGAAGGACAUAACAUGACCGUUGUUGAAUCCGACGGUCAUUAUGUGGAGCCAUUUGUGGUAUCAAACUUGUUCAUUUAUUCGGGUGAGACUUACUCGGUGCUGAUUAGAACUAAUCAAGAUCCUUCAAAAAACUAUUGGAUUAGCGCGAACGUUGUGAGCCGUAAUAGCACCACCCCGAAUGGAUUAGCCGUUUUCAACUACUACCCGAACCACCCCGAAGAAAAACCACCAACAACUCCUCCCACGGGGGUGCAAUGGAAUGAUGUCUCGUCGCGAUUUGCCCAAAGUUUAUCCAUUAAAGCGCGCAAUGGCUUCGUCAUACCUCCUCCUCUAACACCCAACCGCGCGAUUAUCUUGCUCAAUACGCAAAAUUUGGUUGAUGGAUAUGUUCGAUGGUCGGUUAACAAUGUCUCAUUUAAUCUCCCUACCACGCCUUACUUGAUCGCGUACAAGAAAAAGUUGUUGCACGUAUUCGAGCAAAAUGAACCACCUAGUGGCUACGACAGUGUAGGGUACGAUAUCUACAACGUAUCCAACAAUGUGAAUGCCAAGCUCGGAAAUGGAGUGUACAAGUUAGGUUUCAAUACGACGGUGGAUGUCAUCUUGCAAAACGCGAACAUGAUGAAGCCUAAUAAUAGCGAGACGCACCCGUGGCAUCUACAUGGCCACGACUUUUGGGUCUUGGGCUACGGCGCGGGCAAGUUCAACGUGUCUAGCGAUCCUAGCAAGUACAACUUGGUUAAUCCUAUUAUGAAGAACACGGUGCCUCUACAUCCGUACGGGUGGUCGGCGAUAAGGUUUCGCGCCGAUAAUCCCGGGGUUUGGUCGUUCCAUUGCCAUAUAGAGUCACAUUUCUAUCUUGGCAUGGGGAUAGUUUUUGAAGAGGGAGUUGAAAGAGUUGGAAAUUUGCCUACAUCGAUCAUGGGAUGUGGUGAGGCCAAAGCCAAACCAUAGGAUUGAUUUAUUGUUAAACUAUUCGUUUGUUUACUUAUGUUUCCAAAUUAUAUAAUAUUUUGUAAGAUUUUCAAUCUCUAGAAUAUUAAGAGAGAAUUCAACCGUUUUAACUAUACAUCCUCGUCUUUCUUUUAGUUUGGAUAGAAACGUUUCUUUCUUCCACUUUUGACUCAUUAGUUUGGACCCAAUGGGUCAUAACUAUUCAUGUAAGUGAUUACAUAAAUUUAUAUGUUAAUGGCAAAAAAAAUAAAA